AUGGCGGCCCGGCGGUUCCGCGGCGCCCUCCAGCUCGGGGCGCGGCAGCGCCUGCGGGCCGCGGCGGCCCCGCCCGGCAGACUCCGGUGCUCCCGGUGUCCCCGCAGGCACGUGGCCCCGUGCGGGCUCCGGCCGGGCCCCGCGGGCUGGGAGCCCCGGGCGCAGCCGAGCCGCGGCUUCCUGAGCCUCGGCAACCGGCGCAAGGAGUACUCGGAGCGGCGGAUCAUCGGGUACUCCAUGCAGGAGAUGUACGACGUGGUGGCCAACGUGGAGGACUACAAGAACUUCGUGCCCUGGUGCAAGAGGUCGGCGGUGCUGGCGCGGCGCUCGGGGCACCUGAAGGCGCAGCUGGAGGUGGGGUUCCCACCCGUGCUGGAGCGCUACACCUCCAUCGUCACCCUGGUGCGGCCACACCUCGUCAAGGCCGUCUGCACCGACGGGCGCCUCUUCAACCACCUGGAGACCAACUGGCGCUUCAGCCCCGGCAUCCCCGGCUACCCCCGCACCAGCACCGUGGAUUUCUCGAUCUCCUUCGAGUUCCGCUCCCUGCUGCACUCCCAGCUGGCCACCGUCUUCUUCGACGAGGUGGUCAAGCAGAUGGUGGCCGCCUUCGAGCGCCGCGCCGCCAAGAACUUCGGGCCGGAGACGCGCAUCCCGCGGGAGCUGAUGUUCCACGAGGUGCACCAGACGUGAGGGCGGCGGGCCCGGGCACCCCGGGCACCCCUGGGACUGUGCCAGGCACCCCCAGACCGUGCCAGGCCCGUGCCAAGCCCACCCCCCGAAAUAUUUAUUCGAGAAUUGCGUUUCUGCUGCCGUUGCCUCAACGCCCCCCGGGGCUGCCGUGAGCCCCCCCCAGGGGUCCCGGCGCUGGACUCUCCCUGGUUUUGCAGCUGAUUUGGGGUUUUAAAAUGUUUUUGUUUGGUUGGGUUUCUUCUUUUCUUUUCUUUCUUUGUUUUUGGUUCUUUUUAAGCUCCCCAGCCAGGCCGGAGGGCCCCGGUGGGGGCAGCUCCGGUGCCUGGGCCCCGCCGUGUCCCGGGGACGAGCGGGAUGGGGGGGUUUGGUGGGAGGGGGGAUGAAAAAGAAGCUGCUGGGACCCCCCCCCCAAAUUCAACCCCAGCUCCUCCAGGAACAGAAGGGCAGGAGCCCCCCGAGCCCCCCGAGCCGUCGCACACUUUGCACAAGCCACACGCACAGGGUGGGGAGGGGGCGGCUCCCGCUGCCCCCCCGCCGCCCCCCACCCCAGCACCCUCCGCAGGGACCCCCCGGUCCCCACCCCGCCCCACACCUCGCCAUUCCUCACCUGUGGGAGGGGAGCAGGGAUGGGAAGGCCUCAGUUUCCCCCAGCCCACCACCACGAAGCCCCCCCCAGGGGGGUGAGGGGCUCCCCGAGCCCCCCGAGCCUGUCCUGGCCGUGCUGCCCGAGGAAGGAAGGGCUUUGCCAGGCCAAUAAAGAGAAUUUUCCAAGGGUCA